UGAAUCUUGAAACCUUCACUUUGACAGCUUUACAUCAAAAUUCCUAUGGAUUUUUUCUUCUAUAAAUAGUGUUAAUUACACUGUCCCUUCAUUACAUUCAAGAUGAGUAACUUGUACUUGAUCUUGCUUCACAUUUUCCUAAUCUUUGUGUUGACACAUUCAGCACCUAAAGGAUCUCUUAUAACCAAUGUUCCAGGCUUCAAUGGAUCUCUACCUUCAAAGCACUAUGGAGGGUAUGUGACAAUAGAUAAAAGUCACGGUAAGAACUUGUAUUACUAUUUUGUUCAAUCAGAAGGUAAUCCAUCAAAGGAUCCAAUUGUUCUAUGGCUGAAUGGUGGACCAGGAUGUUCUAGUUUUGAUGGUUUUGUAUAUGAACAUGGUCCUUUUAAUUUUGACAAACCUGUCAAUGGAUCCUUGCCUAAGUUGCAUCUUAAUCCAUACAGUUGGUCAAAGGUUUCCAACAUUAUAUAUUUGGACUCACCGGUUGGAGUAGGAUUUUCGUAUUCGAAAAAUACAUCUCAGUAUGAAACUGGAGAUGAAAAGACUGCCACUGAUUCACAUACUUUUCUCCUCAAAUGGUUUGAAUUAUAUCCUGAGUUUCUUGCAAACCCCUUAUUCCUUGCUGGAGAAUCUUAUGCUGGAGUUUAUGUGCCUACUCUUGCUCAUAAAGUAGUACAAGGAAUUGAAGCUGGUAUCAAACCUAAACUGAAUUUCAAGGGUUAUUUGAUUGGAAAUCCAGUUGCUGAUGAAAUAUUUGACGGCAAUGCUCUUGUUCCUUUUGCACACGGAAUGGGUCUUAUCUCUGAUCAAAUACUCAAGAACAUAACAAAAGCAUGCAACGGGACUUUCUACACAACAAACUCUAGUGACUGUAACCAUUGGUUGUCGAACCUUGAUGAUAUCGUUGAUGGCUUAAACAUAUAUAACAUACUAGAGCCAUGUUAUCAUGAGGAUAAUGAGGAGAUUCACGAAAACAAAUCUAAGUUGCCAUUAAGCUUUAGGCAAUUGGGAAAAACUGAAAAAUCUCUAGCGGUAAGAAAAAGAAUGUUUGGUCGUGCAUGGCCCUAUAGAGCUAAUUUGAGAGAUGGAAUUGUUCCAAGUUGGCCAGAAAUUACAAGCAAUAGUCUCAGUGCUCCGGCUUGCGUUAACGACGAGGUUGCCAGGAAUUGGUUGAACAAUCUAGAGGUCAGGAAAGCCAUUCACACCGCGGAGGAAAGUGUAGUUAGGAGAUGGGAGUUAUGUACAUUCCAGCUUGAAUACGAUCAUGAUCUAGGGAGUAUGAUUCCUUACCACAAGAAUCUUACUUCCAAAGGAUACUCAGCAUUGAUAUUUAGUGGUGAUCAUGAUAUGUGUGUCCCAUUCACCGGAACUCAAGCAUGGACAAGAUCACUUGGAUAUAAGAUUGUUGAUGAAUGGAGACCAUGGUUAAUCAAUGAUCAAGUUGCAGGGUUUAUACAAGGAUAUGCCAACAAUCUCACAUUUCUGACUAUAAAGGGAGCUGGACAUACUGUUCCAGAAUAUAAACCUGAGGAGGCAUUGUACUUUUACAAACAUUUUUUGGAUGGAACUCCUAUAUAAGAAAUAAGAAACUAGAGAAAGAUAGUUGUUUCAAAUGAUUAUUAUA